AUGGAUACGGCGCAGCACAGCCCGAGGGUCCCGCACGCAUGCAGGGCGGGCGCAGCUGUCGACGUGGCACUCGCAGCCCCACUCGCUCUGGCUCCAGCUCACUCUGGCUCGACUGCACGCAUCCCCAAAUCCCCCGCAACUCAGCCACGUCCGACACACCUCUCCACCACCACCACCCGCCUCCUCCCCUUCCUUCUCGACCGCGCCACCCUCGACCUUCCACGUACUCACCUUCCUCUCUGGCAGAGCGACUUCGUCGCGCCAUCGCGCCAACUCAUCCUCUGGGCCAUCUCCUCCUCUUCGCUGAGCGCUGGAGAGCAUUCCCUCGUGUCGUCGUCCGUCCUUCUCUGUCUCGCGACCUCCUUCCAACUCAUCGAUUCGACCAAACUUGCAUCGCCAUCAUCCCUUGCCGCGCACACGACCCCGUCGUCGUCGUCAGCGAUACCAUCCUCCUCUCGUCUCCCUGACUCGACAUCGAGCGCAAAGAAGCGCAAGAUGGACGAUGCCCACGACGACGAGGACAACGAUGACGAAGAGGACGACCUGGACGAAUCUUCGUCCGCUUCCAACUCGCCCUCCAAAGCCGCCAACACUGGCGGUCGCAGAAAGGCCAGCGAUGAGGAGCGCAAGGCUCGUCUCGAAGCCCGCCAAGCCCGAAACCGUCUCUCCGCACAGUAUUCGCGCGAACGCAAGAAGGCUUAUAUGGAGCAGCUUGAAGGCUCCCUCAACGCGCUCAAGACCGAGAACACCCUCCUGCGCCAACAGCGUGACCAAGAUCAGCUCGUCCGCCAGUCCCUCGAGUCCAAGCUCAAAGAAGCCCAGAUCCGUGUACACACGCUCGAGACCAUCCUCCGCACCGUCGCCCCGUCCCUUGUUCCGCUACUCAUGUCGUCGUCAUCGUCAUCUUCUGUCUCCCUCCCUUCCGCUUCAUUGGCUAACGCCACCUCCUCCACUUUGUCGACGGCUCCGCAGCUUGCUGCAGAGUCGUCCGUCGAUCUCGCGUCUGCACUUCUGCAGAAUGCAGGUCUGGCCUCGCGAGAUGUUCCCUUGUCCGUGCCGAUUGCAGCGCCGGCAUCGACCACUUCCUCUACCCUUUCGCCCGGCACUCCUGCCCAGCAAUCCUCGAACGAAGACUUCGACGGUGUCGCUGGCAACGGAGCAGCCGUGCCCAAGGUCGGAAGCAAUGUCGAUGCCAACGGCAGCAGCAUCGUCGCACAAGGAUACCCGCUCGCCAACCAGAUCAGCGUCCCCGCAGCAGAGCAGCCGUCGUCGAUCGCGGCCGACUCCCGCAGCGCUCUGUGUGAGCCUGCCGCCGAAGCGAAGGCAAGCGGCGCUGCCGUUGAAGCUGAAGCUAUCCUCUCCCACUUUAUCGACCUCGACGCCAAGUUCGCCAACAGUGACGCGGCGGCUGCGGCUCAAGAUCAAGGUGCCUCGGCGCCUGCCACCUCGACUCCAUUUGUACCUGUGGGCGAGGUGCAUGCAGCAGCAGCAGCAGGCGGCGCUCUGCGAUCAGCAGAAGCCCCUGCAGGUGGCCUCGAAGGCCUGAGCACCGUCUUCGCGGGUGCGCAUGACGCGAGCAAGGCCACGGACAUCAGCCACGGCGACACGUUCAAGUUCAACACGAUCACCUUGGCCCCAACCCACGUCGAUGGCAGCAAGGAGCAAGAUGCGCAGCAGCGAUUCGCGCUGCUCAACUCUGCCCUGCUGCCCAGCGAGAGGAGCGUAUGGGAGCUCGCCACCGACGCGAUGCUCGAGGACAUCUACGGCAAGGCGCAAGACACUGAGGCGGACAGCGCCGACACGAGCCUCGCCGCCACGGAUGCCUCGUCGCACUCGGAGGGCAGCGUAGGCUCGUCGCCGUUUGACCUGGUCGACCUUGACAUUGAGAUCGAAGAGCCCAUGCAGCUGCACAUCCAAGAUGACAGCGCGUCGCUCGAUGCGUCUAGCAUGCUGGCUACGGGCCACCAUGUCAAGGCCGAGGCCGGCAUGGACUGGCCCGGCCUGCUCGCCUCGUUGGUUGCCUGA